AUGAAUAAAACUAGUUUGGAAGACAAGAUGACUACAGCUGCAGAAAGAAAAUAUAUUAAUAUUAGGAAAAGAUUGGAUCAGUUGGGAUACCGCCAGACUCUGACAGUGGAGUGUUUACCUUUGGUAGAAAAACUUUUCAGUGAUCUAGUUCAUACAACAGAAAGUCUUCGGAAAUCAAAAUUAUCUGCUGUGAAAGCUGAAAAAGAAAGUGCCAAUUUUGAUUUUGUAUUGGAACCUUAUAAACUUGAAAAUGCAAGAUUGAGUAAGGAAAAUAAUGAAUUAUACCUGGAAUUAAUGAAACUGAGAGAACAAUCAGGCCAACACAUUAAAGAGUUGAAAACCACAUUGAAAAAGUGUGCACGUGAAACAGCUGAUCUGAAAUUUCUAAAUAAUCAAUAUGUUCAUAAACUCAAGCUUUUGGAGAAAGAGAGUAAAGCUAAGAAUGAAAAAAUUCAACAACUUCAAGAAAAGAAUUUGCAAGCUAUAGUACAAACUCCAGGUGGCAAGAAAAGAAGUAUUGCUUUCAGGCGCCAGCGUAUGCAAAUUGAUGAACCAGUCCCUCCCUCUGAAGUCAGUUCUUAUCCAGUUCCUCAGCCAGAUGACCCUUACAUUGCAGACCUCCUGCAAGUGGCUGAUAACAGAAUUCAAGAACUUCAGCAAGAAGUCUACCAGUUACAAGAAAAGUUAGCAGUGAUGGAAAGUGGACUGAGAGAUUAUAACAAGCAGAUUGAACUAAGAGAACGAGAGAUAGAACGACUGUCGGUUGCAUUGGAUGGGGGUCGCUCCCCUGAUAUCCUUUCUCUGGAGACUAAAAAUAAAGUCAACGAAAAGCUUAUUGCUCAUUUAAAUAUUCAGGUUGACUUUCUUCAGCAAGCUAAUAAAGACCUGGAAAAGCAUAUACAAGAGCUUAUGGAAACCAAGGAAACAGUAACUACUGAAGUUGUUAAUUUAAGUAACAAAAAUGAAAAACUCUGCCAGGAAUUAACUGAAAUAGACCAGUUAGCACAGCAGUUGGAAAGACAUAAAGAAGAAGUGCUCGAGACUGCCGACAAAGAACUUGAGGAAGCAAAGAAAGAGAUUAAAAAAAAGCUGUCUGAAAUGCAGAAUCUUGAAGAAACAAUGGGAAAACUUCAACUGGAAUUAAACUUAUGUCAUAAAGAAAAGGAGAGGCUGAGUGAUGAACUCCUUAUAAAAUCAGAUCUGGAAACUGUUGUUCAUCAGCUUGAACAAGAAAAGCAAAGACUUAACAAAAAAAUUGAAAGUUUCGCAGUUACAGAAAGAGAACUUACUUUGGAAGUUGAGAGGAUGAGGCUAGAACAUGGAAUAAAACGACGAGACAAGUCACCUUCUCGUUUAGAUACGUUUCUGAAAGGUAUAGAAGAUGAACGAGAUUUUUAUAAGAAAGAGCUAGAAAGACUCCAGCAUUUAAUACAGCGAAGAUCUUGCUCUCGAAGUCAUUCUACAUGUGAAAAAAUUCCAGUAUUUAAGACACUAGAAAAGGGUGAUUACAACUCAGAAAUUCAUCUGAUCACAAGAGAAAGAGAUGAACUUCAGCAUAUGCUAGAAAGAUUUGAAAAACAUAUGGAGGAUAUACAGUCCAAUGUUAAAUUAUUGACAGCAGAAAGAGAUAAACUAAGUGUCUUAUAUAAUGAAGCUCAGGAAGAAUUAUCUGCACUCAGACAAGAAUCUACCCAAACCACAGUCUCCCAUAAUACUGUUAGUCUUAUGGAAAAGGAAAAAGAACUUGCAUUAUCUGACUUAAGAAGGAUUAUGGCAGAAAAAGAAGCUUUAAAAGAAAAGUUAAAACAUCUCCAUGAAAUGAGUAUUUUGGGAAAAUCAGAAUUAGAGAAAACUGUUGAACAUUUGACAUGUGUUAAUCACCAGCUUGAAAACGAAAAAUGUGAAUUAAAGUCUAAAAUGUUAAAAAUGAAAGAAACAAUAGAGUCUUUAGAGAAAAAAGUAGAACUCCAAGCUCAAAAACUUAGCCAUGUGGCUGGUGACUCAUCUCAUCAGAAAACAGAGAUGAACUCACUUAGGCUAGUAAAUGAGCAGCUACAGCGGUCACUUGAGGACCAUCAGCACCAACUUUCCAUGAAAAGAAGUGAACUUGAAUCAGCACAAGCACAAGUUAAAAUACUGGAGGAAAAAAUAGAUAAACUACACUUCAAGAUGACUUCACAGAAUGAAGAGGCUCAUGUAAUGAAAAAGACCAUUGGUGUUAUUGAUAAAGAAAAAGACAUUCUUCAGGAGACUGUAGAUGAGAAGACAGAAAAGAUUGCAAACUUGCAUGAAAACCUAGCUAAUAAAGAAAAAGCUAUUUCUCAGAUGAAGAUAACAGUCUCAGAGUAUGAAUCUUCUAUGAACCACCUAAAGGAAACAUUGAUUAAUCGGGACCGUGAGAUAAGCAGCCUCCGGCGCCAGCUUGAUGCAGCUCACAAGGAACUUGAUGAAGUAGGAAGAUCUAAAGAAAUGUCUUUUAAGGAAAACAGGAGAUUACAGGAUGAUCUGGCUACAGUGGCAAGAGAAAACCAGCAAAUUUCAUUGGAAUUAGAAGCAGCAGUGCAAGAAAAAGAAGAAAUGAAGAGUAGAGUUCAUAAUUACAUAACUGAAGUGUCACGAUGGGAGAGCUUAAUGGCUGCUAAGGAAAGAGAAAAUCAAGAUUUGUUAGAUAGAUUUCAGAUGCUUCAUGACCGUGCUGAAGACUGGGAGGUCAAAGCCCAUCAAGCUGAGGGAGAAAGCAGCUCAGUUCGACUGGAACUUCUUUCUAUUGACACCGAGAGGAGACACCUUCGAGAAAGAGUGGAGCUACUAGAAAAAGAAAUUCAGGAGCACAUAAAUGCACAUCAUGCUUAUGAAUCUCAGAUCUCAUCCAUGGCAAAAGCCAUGUCUAGAUUAGAAGAAGAGCUGAGACACCAAGAAGAUGAGAAAGCAGCAGUAUUAAAUGAUGUGUCGUCUCUUAGAGACCUUUGCAUUAAGCUUGAUUCAGGCAAAGAUAUUAUGACCCAGCAAUUGAAUUCCAAAAACCUUGAAUUUGAGAGGGUUGCAGUGGAAUUAGAAAAUGUAAAAUCAGAAUCAGAGCUGUUAAAAAAACAACUGUCAAGUGAGAGACAUACGAUUAAAAACCUUGAAUCAUUGUUGGCUACAAAUAGAGAUAAGGAAUUUCAUUCCCAUUUAACCUCCCGCGAGAAGGAUACAGAAAUUCAGCUACUUAAAGAGAAGUUGACCCUUUCAGAAAGCAAAUUAAAUAGUCAAAGCCGGGAAAACACCAUGCUUCGGGCUAAAAUGGCACAAUUACAAACAGAUCUUGAUGUUCUGAAAAGGCAGAUUUCAACUGAAAGAUAUGAACGAGAACGAGCAAUCCAAGAGAUGCGUCGGCACGGUCUUCGCACACCACCCCUUAGUUCUACUCUGAAGUCUCCUUUACAUUCUCCUGAACAUAUAAACUGA